UAUGGGCCAGGACAGAAAGAUACUUCUGAUACACCUGCCCACAAAAGCAUCUAUAUAUAAUUAAAAAAGAUGAACAAAUUUGCUAAAUUGAACUUCCAUUGAUAAAGCUACCUUAAGCUCUAAUGGCGUUCCAUACCUAUCUUUUGCUUCCUCUGCUUCUAAUCCUUCCCCUACUAUUUCUCAUGAAAAUAAAAGUAAUUCAGAGAAAAAACAAUAAGAAUCUUCCACCAAGCCCACCAAAGCUUCCCAUUGUAGGCCAUUUGCACCUACUUGGUGAGCUAUCCCACCAAUCUUUAUUUAAGCUGUCCAAAAAAUAUGGCCCUGUCAUGCUUCUUCAUCUUGGUGGUAUUCCAACCGUGAUAUUAUCGUCCCCGGAGGCUGCCAAGACCGCCUUGAAAGUUCAUGAUCUAAACUGUUGCAGUAGACCUUCACCGGCCGGUCCUCGAAGACUUACGUAUAAUUUUAGGGACAUUGUUUUCGCCCCUUAUGGAGAUUACUGGAGAGAAAUGAGGAAAAUAUGUGUUCUCGAGCUGUUUAGCACGAAAAGGGUUCAAUCAUAUCGUUCUAUUAGAGAAGAAGAAGUUGAAUCUCUGAUGAAUUUCAUAACGGAAUGUUCAACGUCUUCUACUCCUGUUAAUCUUACCGAGAAGCUCUUUGCCUUGACUGCCAGUAUGAUUUUCAAAAUUGCUUUUGGGAAAAGUUUCCAAGGGAGUAAUUUUGAUAACCAUAGAUUUCAUGAAGUUAUUCAUGAAAGUGAGGCUCUGUUGGGAAGCUAUUUUGCUUCAGAGUGUUUUCCAUAUGUGGGAUGGAUUAUAGAUAGAAUCUCAGGUAUGCAUCAAAGGCUUGAAGGUAUUUUCAAGGAGUUGGAUAAUUUUUUUCAACAGGUAAUUGAUGAUCAUCAAAGUUCUGAGAGAAAAAGACAAGACCAAGAUGACAUUAUUGAUGUGCUUCUGAAGAUAGUUAAAGAGCAAUCUGGAUUUGGUGCUGCUAUGCUCACCGAAGUCAAUAUCAAAGCUGUCCUCUUGAAUGUAUUUUUGGCUGGAGUAGAUACUGGUGCAAUAACCAUGUUAUGGGCAAUGGCAGAGCUGGCUAAGAAACCAGAAUUAAUGAAGAAGGCACAAGACGAAGUUAGAAAUGUGAUUGGAGAUAAAGGAAAAGUCAGUGAAAAUGACACUGACCAACUUCAAUAUCUCAAGAUGAUAAUAAAAGAAACUUUGAGAUUGCAUCCACCAGCUCCUUUGCUAAUUCCAAGAGAAACCAUGUCCCACUUCAAGAUCAAUGGUUACGAUAUUUUUCCAAAAAUGCUAAUCCAAGUGAAUGCCUGGGCAAUUGGACGAGACCCCGAAUAUUGGGAAAAUCCAGAAGAAUUCAUCCCUGAAAGAUUCACUAAUAAUUCCAUUGAUUUCAAAGGGCAAGACUUUGAGUUCUUGCCCUUUGGAUCAGGUCGAAGGAUUUGUCCAGGGAUGCACAUGGGAACAACUACUGUGGAGCUCGGACUGGCAAAUUUGUUAUACCGGUUUGAUUGGAAAUUGCCUGAUGGAAUGAAGGAGGAAGAUUUGAAUAUGGAAGAGAAAGCUGGCAUUUCGCUUACCAUCUCAAAGAAAACUGAUCUCCAGCUUGUCCCAAUCAAGUUCUAUUAGAAAUUUAGAUUAUGUUAAUUAUAAGCUACUGUUGUUGUAUUCAUUCAAAUAUUAAUUUUAGUGGUCCGGACCUUGUGGUCCUUUGAAUAGUGAACAUGGUAAAUGUCCCACUUUAAGGUCAAAAUGCUCUUUGACAUAUCCUAUAUUUUUACGGAGUUUUCAAUAAGUGCAUCUCUCAUGGAUUUGUGACUAUUAUCUUUAUGGUAGAUA